AAGUCUGUCAAACAAAAUUGUUGAAAAUUAUAUUUACCAAACCAAAUGUUUAAAAUCGGCGAAAUCAAUUAAAUAAUCAACAGAUUGCUUCCCUUAUAACGAUGUUGAAAUUCAGUGGUGCUGUGAUUUGGAGGUUAGGAACAAGAGCGAAUUUACGAAAAUGUCCCAGCUCUAGUGCUGCGGCUCUCAAAAAUGAUAAGAAUGAAUCCAGAAGUUCAUCUGAUAAACUUACAUCAGCCUCCCCUGAAGCCAUCAAAGAGAAUGCAGGUAACAACAAAGGACUUCUAGCAGCAGCAUUUGCAUCAAUUAAUGCUCCAGAGGAUGAUGACACAAAGGAACCGAGUCCAAAAUCAGUUAAACACAGUAAACAGCACAUGCUAGAUAAUCAAAUCCAGAAAGCAAAUGAUGUUGACAGUCUGCUUGUUGUGGCUGAAAACUCAAUAGUGUCCAGAAGACAUGCACUAAAGAUGGUGUCUGUGUUAUCAGAUUGGUCUAACAGCAACAAGGUGAAAAUCUCUGACUUUGAGAAAGACCCUCGUUUCCUGAAGCUGUGUCGUAUCCUGGCACGGACCACCACCACACAUGCAAUGAGCUCCAUGACCAUGGCAGAGGAUUUGGGCACUGUGCUCGGCAUCACUGGAGAUGAUGAAGCUGCAAGACUUAUCACAAAUUUGACCUUGCCACAGAUGAUAAAGGUGAUGAAAGCUCUCCAGCAGAAAGGCCGUCGAAGCACCCCCCUGCUGCGCGCGCUGUCGCACAACAUCACGAGACAAGAGGAGGUUAUUGACCUCAAGAAAUCAGCUGAUUUACUCUUCUCGAUGGCAACACUCAAUUUCCCCGAUCCCAUACUCUUAGAUAGGAUAUGCAAUGACGUGAUAGAGUGCCUACCCUCCAACUCGGAGAAGCCCUCCGUGGUGACCUCCAUAGUGGUGUCGCUCGGGCUGCUUAAGUACCGGCACGAGGCGGCGCUCGCGGCGAUAGCGGAGUGGAUGCAUUCUCGAAGGGACGUCUGUCGCGCCAACGAUGUCGCGUCCGCUGUCGUCACUUUCGCGACGUUGCAUUACGUGCCACCGCAGAGUGAAGAGCUGUUUGAGAUAGCAGUGUCGCUGAAAGAGGACGAGAUGUCCAGGUCUACAUCUUGGCUGGACUUAGUGUUCGCGCUGGUAAUCCUCGAGAAGGCGCAGAAAGGACACCUGGCGUCUACGCUUCGACCAGAAUUUAUAGACAAAUUGCUGACCGCGGGAGAGAUCUCCAUCCAAUCCCGUCGGAAGCUCAUGAUGAUAGACGCAUAUGCCCACAUGAAGUACAAGUCGAAAGUGCCCCGUCUACCAGAAGACGUGUCGGUAGGAGUUCCCCUGGUCUACACCAAGGAAAAAAUGGUCUUUGUACAUGCCAUACUGGAUACAUUCAAGAGUCUGGUCUCCGCUGAGAGUUUCCUCAAGAAAGAUUGCAACUCGGGCAUGGGAUUCCUUUAUGAUGCGGAGUUUGCCGUCGAUGCUAAAUGUCACCCAGUUCCUUUAGAGAAAGCUAUUAAUGACAAAAGCAAAUAUCGGAUAGCAGUGAUGGGGUUGGAUUACCACGACAUGACUCGAAAGGUGGCCGUGCCCCUCGGGGUCAAUCACCUCUGCACUGUGUUGUUGCAAUUACAGGGUUUCAAAGUACUCCAGAUCCCGUAUACAGAGUUCAACCCCAAAGAUAAGCUAGUGACCAGAGUGCAGUACAUCAAUAGGCGACUGAAGGAAUUAUUAGAUGAAAAUAACGCGGCGUAACGUUACGCGCCGCGUUUACGUUAACGUGACUCGAUGAGUGUUAUGCGAGGCGCGGUUUCAACGAGAUUAACUUUUUUAUUUAUUACAUUAUCAUAAUAGGGAUGAUGACGGGGUACAGUAAACGAAAUUCUAUUUAGUCCGUCAGUAAGAUGAUCAAAAAAUAAUGGACAUGUAUUUUUUCUUUGGGCAAUCAACCAAAAAAUGACAAAGUUAUAGCGCGUCAAAGUUUGGGAGUAGGGGCUCGUGACGUCACUUUUGAGUGAAUUUUCCCUUAAAAGUGUACUCAAACGUGACGUCAUGCGACUUUUCAAAUCAAUAUAUCUCUGCAAUGUUUAUAUUAUGUGAAAAAAGAAAAAAUACGUGUCCAAUACUUUUUGAUAAUCUACCUGAUAAACGAAGAAAAAAAAAUUAGUCAUCAUCCCUAUUAUAAACGCCUUUAUGUAAACAAACAUAUUCCAUCAAAAGAAAAGUUUACUAGAAAAAAUUCCACGCGGACCAGGCAGCGAACGGGACUCGAACCAGCACCCUUCGCUAUCAGGGCGAAUGCUCUGACCAUUAUGCUAGCGCGGUAUGCUAGAUGUUAAAGAUAAAGGAAUGAAUGAAAUUAUGAAUUUUCUUUAGAUUGAAACAUCUAGCA